GCUACCCCGCCGACGGCGCCUCGCCUCCUCGUCCUCCUCCCCGAACCCCCCUCCCACGACUGGUUCUGGGUCGAGGAGGAGCUUGAUCCCGUCCCACCCGUCGCUCGCCGUCGUCCGCCUCCUCCUCGCGCCCGCUGCCAUACCCCUGCAUCGGACGAUGAAGAAGAAGGGUGUUAGCAUUGUUGCAUUGUGGGAAAGAGCUUCCAAGGCAAAUAAAAGAACUUCGACAUCUACACCAAAUCCUCCUGAUGUUGAAGUUGAGAGCAGUAUCGUUCCUCCUACUAUUGAGAGCAAUCUGCAACUGGCACUUGUGCAAGCACAUGAACCUGAUGAUGGACACACAGAACCUGAGAGUGCAGCUGGCUCCCCAACCCCAAUUGUAGAAGAUGAUGAAGCAAAUGAUGAAGUUCAGUUUGAAGUAGAUUUGGAAGCACUUGAGUCUGAUCCUGGGAAACGGAUCCCCAUCUCUAGGUACAAUGUCAAUGACCAGGAUAAAGUUAGAAGGAGAUACAUCGAGUUGGGGGCAUGUCAACCAAAGAAACAUAAUUUUGAGUAUAGAGAUAUAAGUGGAUUACAGCGUCGCUUUUCUCCUUCUUGGUUUAAGGAUUACAAGUGGCUUGAGUAUAGUGUGGACAAACAAGCCGCUUUCUGCUUCGUUUGCUAUUUGUUCAAGGAUAAAACAAGAUGUCCCGGUGGAGAUGCUUUUGUGAAGAAGGGAUUUAAUAACUGGAACAUGAAGUCGAGAUUGAAGAAACAUGAAGGUGAGGUUUGUAGUGCUCAUGCUGAAGCUCAAGAGAAGUAUGAUAGGUUCAGUACACCACAAACAUCAAUUCGGGAGUCUAUUGCUUCAAACACCUCACAAUACAAGGCUUUGUAUAAACAGCGUUUGACAUGGACACUCAAGUGUGUGAGAUUUCUGUUGUGCCAAGGCUUGGCAUUUAGAGGACAUGAUGAAAGUGAAGACUCACUAAAUAAAGGGAAUUUCCUUGAGCUUCUAAAUUGGCUAGCAUGAAAUUUUGAAGAGGUUGACAGGGUUGUUCUCAAGAAUGCUCCACAGAACUGCAGGAUGACUCACCAUGAUAUACAGCAAGAGGUGAUAAAAUGUUGUGCACAAGAGACUACUAAACUAGUCAUUGAGGAACUUGAUGGUGAUCAUUUUGCAAUACUUGCAGAUGAAUCUAGUGAUGUUUAUCAGAAUGAACAGUUGGCUGUUUGCUUGCGUUAUGUUGAUAAGAAAGGAAGGGCGGUUGUAAGAUUUCUUGGUCUUGCUCAUGUUGAAGAUACUACCUCUUUGACACUAAAAGCUGCAAUUCAUAAAAUGCUUAUGGACUACAAUUUGACCUUUGCAAUGGUUCAUGGGCAAGGAUAUGAUGGAGCUAGUAACAUGAGAGGUAAUGCUAAUGGCCUGAAAAAACUGAUUAUGGAUGAGUCCCCUUCUGCCUACUAUCUUCAUUGUUUUGCCCAUCAACUACAGUUAACUCUUGUUGCUGUUGCUAAGGAGAGUGGUGAUUGUACUUGGUUCUUUCAGCAGCUUGCACACUUGUUAAAUGCUCUUGGCAUGUCUUGUAAAAAGAUGAGAAUGCUUCGAAUAGCUCAGGCUGAAGAACUCAUUGAUGCAUUGGAAUUGGAAGAAGUAGAAACAGGGAGUGGGCUGAAUCAGGAAAUGGGUUUGGGAAGGCCAUGUGAUACACGUUGGACCUCUCACUUCAAAACUGUGAACCGUGUCAUCUCUAUGUAUGGUACACUACGACGAGUCCUUCGCAAGAUUGGAGAUGAGUACCAUGGUGUGGAGGCACAAGCAGCUCUAUCCAUAGAGAAAAUAUUUCGAUCAUUUGAGUUUGUUUUCAUGGCACACUUGAUGCAAGAAAUAUUUGGAUACACAGAUGAGUUGUGUAGAGCUUUGCAAAAUCAAGACAAAGAUAUUGUUCAUGCUAUUGAGCUUGUUGGUGACACAAAGUAUUACUUGGAGGCUUUGAGGACCGAUGCUGGAUGGGAUGAUUUUCUCACAAAGGUCACAUCUUUUUGUACAAAGCAUAAGAUCAAAGUUGUUGAUAUGGAGGGUCCUUACUUUCCCGUUGGUCGGCCUAGAAGAGGUUUAUGUAAUGGUGUGAACAAUUACCACCGCUUCAAGGUUGAUAUGUUUGUGGGUGUCAUUGAUAGGCAAAUCAGUCAGCUGAAUGGCAGAUUCGAUGAGGUAAACACGGAACUACUUUCUUGCAUGGCAGCUUUCUGUCCACUUCAUCUAUUUGCUGCUUAUGACCAAGAGAAGUUGGUUAGGCUUGCUACAAAGUUUUAUGCUUCUGAUUUUACAAGUGAUGAACUGGCAAGACUUCCAUGGCAACUAAACAUGUAUGUUACUAAUGUGCGUAGAGAUGAAAGGUUUCAAAAUCUGAAAAAUCUGUGUCAGCUUUCAGUUAUACUUGUUGAGACAAACAAGAAUGAAUAAUAUCAUAUUGUUUACAAGCUUCU